GUGAGCGAAUGGUUCUCUAGUCACACAACUUCUAACUUUUGCGGUUGCCCGGAAAGCUGGCGAGCCGUGACUGGGGGAGUUUCAUCUAACCGUUGAUUAGCUAAUGUACUUAGCUGCAGUAUUUACAAUAAUAGCCUUCCCAUCCGCAUAACAGCAAGUGGAGGGGAAUUCACUUAAACUGGCAGAGUAGAGAUGGACGGAGACGACUGCAGUUUUCCUCCUGAUUCAUCAGAUGGUCACUCGCAGAGAGGAAGUGUUGCUUCCUCUGCAACUCUCUCCCGUGCUCAAGAUGUGCUUGUAUACCUCUGUGGUGACAGCGCUGUGCACCUAACAGUAGAAGGGCUUGGCAGUGUCUCUGUGCAGGAGUUGGGCCGCAGUGUUCGUGAGGCUCUCCAUAUUCCUGAGACUGCACAGGAUGCUUUUGCACUUUGGUUGUCUUCUCCCCUGCUCGAAUUACAGUUAAAGGCUAGGCAUCAACCAUACAAGCUGUGUCGUCAGUGGCAGGACUUGCUGUAUCGUUUUACUGAAGCCUCAGAGGAAGACAUUUCACAAGAUGAACCGUGUCUCCAGUAUCGUCGGAACGUGUAUUAUCCUAAAUCUAAAGAACUGCAGAUAGAGGAUGAGGGAGUGCUCAGGCUCCUGUAUGAGGAGGCCAGGGGCAACAUCCUCAUGGGCCGAUACCCUUGCGACCCCGAGCACUGGACCACACUUGGAGCCUUGUCUCUCACUAUAGAUGAGGGAACUGGUCUUGAUGGGCAACAACUCACUACUACUAUAAGAGGGAAGAAGCUGUCUUCUUUCCUGCCCGUACAUGUUGCCAUGGGCAGUGGGGGGUUGCUCUCCACUCUGAGAGGGAAGUCGAGCCGUCAGACGGGGCUAGAGCAGAACCUGUUGGAGGAGUACAGAAAGAUCAGCUCACCUGCUGGGAACUCUCCUGAGCCCACACAGCUCCUCCACCAGUACCUCAACACAUGUCACAACCUGCCUUACUAUGGGUAA